UUAAUCGUGAGGUGGCGAUUAUAAUUUCAAAAGAGUUUCUUAUCUGUUCACUCUCUCCAUUUUCCUUUCACUCUCACCUCACUGCUUCAAUACAAACUCUAGCACUAUGACGAAGCCUCGACAUUUUUUUUUUCGAUCCAAGUCUCGUAGGUUUUCCAUGGCUAUUCCGAACAAGAAACGAAAAAGGAAAGAAGUUAGAAGGAAGGAUGAAGAGAUACAAACUGAUAAUUUGUUGAAGCCACAAGUGAUUGACAAAGAUGCUCCUAUAAGCAAUGUUGUGGAUGAUUCUAAGCCUUUGAGCAAAUUUGAUUUACAUUUGCAGCAUAAAUUAUCUGAUGAAGAUACGGGAGAUAGAGGCAUGCAGAUUAACUUGAAUAAAGACAAUUUAUCCUCGACUAUAGCAAAUGAUGAUGGUUCAAAGGACAAACUUAUAACAUCCAAGGCUUUUGUUAACCUGUUCAAUCAUCCUAGUCUGACGGAAGAAUUAAUGCUCCAUUGGGGGGAAGUCAACCAGGAAUAUGGAGGCUUAUAUAGCGAGCAUGGGGAGUCCAUUUCAACUCAACAAGUUUGGUUUUUCGACCAAUGCAGCACCUACCGGGAUAUCCUUUUUGCUAACAAGACACCAUUCUAUCUAGAAGGCAGUGAAGAUGUAGAUAUCAUGGGUGCAUAUAUAGUGCAUGCUCUCAAUCAUGUCUUUAGAACUAGAGACUGUAUUGAUAAGAAUGAUGCCAAAAUUGCUGAGCUUGGAGCGGAUGUUGAUAGUGAGAGAUUCCAAGAUCAAGGUUUUACUCGUCCUAAGGUUUUAAUUUUGUUACCAUUUGCAAGCAUUAUGUACGAUGUUGUAAUGAGCCUUAUAAAACUUACACCUUCAGCCGAGGUCGAUGAGGAGAGUCUCAAGUUAUUUUCUGAUAAAUAUGGAGGUGAAGAACAGAAAGAUAGCAAGGAAAAGGGACAAGAGCCUGAUAAUGAAGACCCUAAACCGGAGGACUUUAAGUUGCUUUUCAAAGGCAAUAGUGAUGAGAAAUUUAUAACUGGCAUACAAUUCACCGGGACUACCAUCAAGCUGUCAGAUGAUUUAUUUUCUUCCGAUUUCAUUAUUGCUUCACCAUGUCGUUUGGUUGAUGAAAUUGAUGUGGGAAAUGUAGAUAUUCUGUCUUCCAUAGAGAUUCUCAUUAUUGAUCACGCAGAUAUAAUAGCAAUGCAGGAUUGGUCUCAUGUUAAUACCAUUAUUCAACAGUUAAACCGUGUGCCCGAUGAGCUGCCCAAUGCAACAAUGCGCAUUAGACCAUGGUAUCUUGAAGAAGAGGCCCAAUUUUACAGACAAACAAUGAUUCUGGGUUCUUAUUCAAAUAAAGAUAUACUCGAGUCGUUCAAUAGGAGUUCUAAUUAUGAAGGGAAGAUGAUGAGGCUGAUGUCUGAGUAUAAAGGUGUAAAUGAAUGGUUCUCUAAACUUUGGGAGAUGGAUAAAGCAGAUGUAAGGACAAGGAUGUUUAGCUGAAGGAGUUUGGUCCUUGGAUAACUAUUUUAUAUUUUGAUGUUUUCAGAUAACACAAAAACAAUUUCUUUUAUUCCCUAAAAAGCUUGUACCUUGUACUUAAUAAAUACCAAAGACAAUUAUCUGUUAAA